GAAGAUGGGAAUAGAGAAGAUGGCUGACAUUGCCCAUGAACUGGGAAUCGGGGUGGAUGAAGACUCUCCAGAGUGCCAGAACGGCAAGAAGAACGCAGAUGCUAUCACUGCAGAAAUUCAAGACAUUCUUAAAUACAAAGAAGUUCAGCUUCCCUUGCAAGGCCAAAUAUGGAAGGACCUUACUCGCUUGGAGAAAGAAGAAUUCCGGCUUCGGAAAGUUGGGUCUAAAAAUAUAGAAAAGUACAAAAGUGAUCUUCAGCAACAGAAAAAACAACUUAAAAAACAGAACUCUCAUGACAUGUCAAAGGCAAUGACAUGUUUCAUUAAGGCAAUUUCAAGCCCAGGGAUAGAGAGGUGCUAUUUCCUGAAAUGGUUGCGAAUGAACCUCGAUAACGUGUCUCGAGAAAAACUCUUUGACCUCGGGGAGCAGUACAAAGAAAAAUGCAAAAACUCUGACAACAAAGAGAUAAAGAAAAUUGAACAACAACUUUCCAACAGCUCUUUAGGGACUGAACACUUCUUCUGUGAGAUGGGGCAGAUAUAUGAAGCUUCCCUUUACCUUCCUGAAACAGACCCAGCACGUCAACAACUACAGCAUCUCCCCAAGCUAUGUGCAGAAUUAAUGCUUGCUGGAUUUCCACUUGAGCUUGUAGAUGGAGAAGCAUCCAACAUACCUCUCAGAUGGGUGACUGACGUUCUCUCUCAGCUCAAUGACUUGGUGUCUCCUAAGAACAAGAUCCUGGUAGUCACAGUUCUUGGAGUUCAGAGCACAGGAAAGUCCACUCUCCUCAACACCAUGUUUGGAGUGCAGUUUGCAGUCAGCAGCGGUCGAUGCACUCGAGGUGCCUUUAUGUUGCUGAUUAAAAUCAAUGAAAAUGUCAGAAAAGACCUCAACUGUGACUUCAUGGUGAUCAUUGACACUGAGGGCUUAAAGUCACCAGAGCUCGCACAACUGGACAAUAGCUAUGAGCACGACAAUGAGCUUGCAACACUUGUUGUGGGGCUGAGUGAUAUCACCAUCAUCAAUAUUGCAAUGGAGAAUUCAGCAGAAAUGAAGGACAUCCUAAAAACGUUCCUCAGGAUGACAGAGGUGGGAAAAAAGAAGCCCAAAUGUCAGUUUGUUCACCAGAAUGUGUCCGAUGUUUCAGCCCAUGACAAGAACCUGCGAGACAGGAAACUGCUCCUGGAACAGUUAAACGAGAUGACCCAGGCAGCAGCCAAAAUGGAAAAGAAAGAAGAGAACAUGAGCUUCACUGACGUGAUGGAGUACAGUCCAGACACUGGAAACUGGUACAUUCCUGGACUCUGGAAUGGAAACCCACCAAUGGCACCAGUCAAUGCAGGCUACAGCGAGGCUGUUUAUGAGCUCAAGAAGAACAUAAUCACCAUUUUGGGAAGUUGUGGAUCGUCAGCUAAUAAUAUCUUGGAGUUUACAGAGUGGAUGAAGAGCCUGUGGACUGCAGUAAAACACGAAAACUUCAUCUUCAGCUUCAGAAACAGUCUCGUGGCUGAUGCAUACAUGAGGCUGUGCAAAGAAUUCAACAAAUGGGAAUGGGAAUUCAAAAAAGAAAUGUACACAUGGGUUACACAAGCUGAAACAAGAAUCUCCAACUUCGGUACAGCUGCUGAUAAAUCCAACAUAUCUGACAUGAGAGAACUUCUCAUGCUAUUGAAAAACGAAGCUUUGACAGAGCUGUCUAAAUGGGAGACAAAGCUUCUUGGAAAUCUGGAACAGUAUUUCAAGAAAACAGAGGGUCAUGUCUAUCUUGUUGAAGGAUACAGACAGGAUUUUGCAAACAGCGCAAAGAGCCUUCGAGGAGAAAUGGAAAGGUCUGUGUUUAAUCAGCUCACAGCAGCAGCCGACGUCAGACAGGGGAUGACAGAAAUGGAUAGAAUCAAGGAGAACCACACAAAGAAGUUGGAGAACAGAGUAUGUGCUUUGAUUGAAGAAUGUUGGAAGAAAAAAGUCAAGAUGUCAGAGGAAGAGCUGGAUGAAGAAUUUGACAAGAUGUGGACUAAAACAGUGAAGGAACUAUCCUUUUCAAAAAUGAAGGUAGAGGACAUUUUCACCAGUGUGUCUCACCACCUGAGAACAAAUCUAUCAACCAAGGGAAGUCACGCAAGUGAUUUGAUAAAUCGAAAAAUCCUGGAAGAGUGUGGACAGGAUCCUUUUAAAUAUAAAGCUGAAGGAUUCAUCAAAAAAUGUAAAGAGGCAGUACAACUUUUUUUAAACAUUUCAAGUCACACACAGGCUGUUCAACAAAUGGCUGACAGCAUCAUAACAAUUUGCUCUCAGUUUGUGACUGAUACAAUGCAAAGAAAAAGUAAUUACCAUGAUACCUACAUCGCAGAGAUUUUAAACAUGAUUGAUGAGAGGCUGCAAAACAAUCAGGAAUCAGACAUCACUUUUGAAGUCUCUCUGAAACAGCACAUCUGUGCAAAUGCAGCCAGAAGGUUUCAGAAAAUGCACAAAGAUUUCAUCCAUGAGAAUGAUCCCUACAGAUGUCUGAACAAAAACAAAGAAAAGUUUCUUGCUGAUUUUAAAGACGUGUUCCAUAAUGUAGACCAGUGCCAGAAGAAGGCAGAAGAAUUCACACACAGCUGCUUGAAGCCUGCAGUCGAAGAAUUCAUAAACCGCUCCCUGGGUCCUGAUAUCAUUGGUGAAAUGCUUACAAGUGAGCAGUUCAGCACAAGAAUGUCCUUCCAGUAUUCAGUCUUACUGGAUAUGAACUCAAAGGAUAACUUUAAAAAGUACCAGAGCUUUAUCUGCUCAUAUGAGAUUUGUGUAAAGAAAUGGAUACUCAACAAAAUAGUGGAACGCUUCUCAAAUGGGUCUACGAUGUUUGAGGAAAAACAUCUCCAGUCAUGUAUCAACAGCAUACAUAAUGCCAUCCAGAAAGCUAAAAAAGAAAAGAGUGGCAACGUAAAGUCAUUUGUUGAAGUUGUCUGUCAGGAGCUUGGUGACAAACUGGUCAUUUCCCAGGGUGCUCUUGGUGCAUUCAUGAUCCUGAACAAUGCAGACCAGGAACAGUUUGCUCACUGGCUCUUUAAGUCUGUCAAAGACAUGGCACACGCUCUUAGAGAGAAGUUUAAAAGAACAGAUCUCCUAGUUAAACUACUGAACCUUCAUGUGAAUCCUCAGAACGAGCUUUUCAACAAACUGAUCGGAUGUGGUCAACAGUGUCCGUUCUGCAAGGCGCCCUGUGAGGCAGGAGGAACAGCCCACACUGAGCACUUCGCUUCACUACAUCGUCCACAGGCUCUGGGUCUGGUCAGGUGUUUGACCUCAGGCAAACUUGUCACUGAUAUAUGCUCAUCCUCUGUUAUCACUGAAGAUUCAUUUCGGGGUAUGGCUACAAACUGGGUAUUUCACCCUUACAAGCGUUACAAAGAGAUUUAUCCGGGCUGGAAAAUCACACCAGAUGCAAGCCUCCAGGCAUCAAACUACUGGAAAUAUGUACUGGUUAAGUACAACAAACAGCUGGCUGAAGCAUUUGAUGCAAAGCCUGCUGAUAUUCCUGCAACAUGGAAAGAAAUCACACCUGAGCAAGCAGAGGCAAGCCUCAAAGAGUCAUUUCAUAUCAAAUGAGAAACUACAAGCUUUGUGCUCACAGAGGUGUAGUCCUCCUCAUUACAGUCAUCAUCCUCUCAUGGAUAUUUAGAUUUCACUUGUUUUAUAUGAUAUGGAAGAGAAGCACACAAAGUAACGUACUGUUUAUAUGAUUUAUUGUACCACAGCUUACUACAAAGAACAUAAGAAAGUUACUGCAAUUAGUACUCACCUGAGAUAACAUUAAUCAUGUUUAAUCAACAAAAAAAUGUUUUCUUUGUUUAAUGUUGAUGAGGACAUUCUAAAUGUUUAGUCUAUGCAGAUGUUGGAAGCAUACUCAAUGUUUCAGUUUGAUUAAAUCAGAAUUUGAAUCCUUUUUUGGUACGGAUAAAUGUUAUUAUAGUGUCAAUUAAUAACAUUUGAUUUGAUUGACAGUUUUUAUAUCUUUGAUAAAAAUCUGAUGCAAACAUGUUAGCUUUUAUAUUUUUCUGUGGUUUUGUAAAAAAAAGAUUUUCCAUUUCAAUGUUUAAAAUAUAAUUCAGACUUCAUGUCAGCAGGAAGAAUAGAAAAUGUCUUCAUUUUUUCACAUUAUUUCAAAUAAGUAUCUGCUUCUUAUUAUUUACGUUUUUAUUGACACGUUUAUAAUGUUUGUCUAUUCAUUUCUGAGCUGAAUCAAAAGCCACAAAUCUAGAUGUUUAAAUCAGUGAAUGAAUCAUUGUGUUUUAGUGGUGGUACAGUCAACAUGUAAACAUGACAGAAAGUCUGUUGUAAUCAAGUUCAGUUUGAUAUGUGACCGUUUCCCAGAGAGUUAGAUUAUAUUCCUAUUUUGUUUCUGUAAAUACAUAAAAACAUCAGUUAAAAAUAUUUACAAAUUCAAUGUUUUAAAAUAUCCUUCAAUCUAAAUGUCAACAUGUAGAUUACACAUGCAUUUCUUUUCUUACCUUUUUGAGUGCUAAAUGUGAUCUUCUUACCAAAAACCUGAAUUCUUUGUUUUUGUUCCAAUUAAGAAUUUAGUUCAAAAAUAUUUACAUUUGAAUGUUCAUGUUAUAUACUAUUUAUUCAAAAUGUGUUAUGUUAGUUUUCAUUUUGGGCGGCAUCAAAUGCCACAUUUUUUUGUUUAAAUCAGUUAGAAUGUCAUUUUGUUCAUAUUCAGCAUGUCAACAUGAUACAAAACGUUUGAAUCAAGUUAAGGAUGAUAUGUGAUUGCUUUCCAGAACGUUACAUCUAUUGGAUUGUGUCAUUAUUUUGUUUUUCAUUUUUAAUGUUUUAAAGAUAUUUCAGUCUAAAUGUCAACGUGUAAUUUAUCCUUCAGGUAGUUUUUCUUACCUAAUCGAGUAUGAUAUGUAACUUUCUUUGCUACAAAUCUGUAACGACUUUUAUUUCAACUACCUGAUAUCACAUAUUUACAUUUAUUAAUCACUUAAAAGAUUAUUAAUAUAAAAGUGCUAUUGUCAACAAGUAAACAUGACUUGAAACUAUUUCAAUAAAGA